UUUGAAAUGUCUCAAAGAAUCCCACAAAGGAAAGCCCCUGAGUAUUACCAAGGAGUUUUGAAGAGAUGGGAGCAAAAUCCGAUGAGCGGCCAACAGCAUGAAGAAAGCUUCUUGAAGCUUCAGCGAGAAUUUAGAAAAUAUUACCCAAAUAUUUACAUACUCAACAGCAAAGCACUGUUGAUCCAGCAUGCUGUGUUUGGGUGGCUCUCUGGAUUAAGGAAGGUUACUCCUAAGUUCUCUGGAAGUCAGCUUAGCUCCUCACAAAUUGUAUUCAAACCAAAAUUUAAACUCAAUGAAUUAUCUAGAUCAUCUAGUGUUAAGAGAAAAGUUCGCUCUAAAGUAAAGAGUGGGAAAUUUGAUAAUAAGGAAAACCUGUGCCAUGAAAGAUCUGUUCAUAUAUCACCGAUCAACUGUGACAACCCUAAAAGAAUGCGUGUUACUAAAAACAAGCCAGAGGAUAAGCCACAGAAACUUAGUGUGCAUCCAUAUGGCAUUGAUGAGGGUCUGACUAAGAGGUUGAUUCUUAGAGACAGUAAGCUCAAUUUGAGCAACAGGACCACGAAUUUAGGAACUAGUUUAAGAAAUAUCACAAAUGUUAUUCAUAAAACCGUUGGAAAAUACAAUGGGGAUAAUUUGACAAGAAUGGAAGAGAGAAAGAAAAACAACCUCUCAAUGUGUCACAAGACUGAGUAUGAGACUACCACCAAUCCAUUCAGACCCUCCUCAACUCUUGCCAAGCCAAGAGAUGAUGAGUAUGAGAGACAAAAGAAAGAUAAAGAAGCAAGAAUUCUAAGAAUGCAGGAAGCUAAGAGAAAAUAUUCAAAACAAAAGCUGAAGAAAAGUGCUUGGAAUACAAGCUGAACUGAAUCUAACAGUCAUACGAUCAGUAAAAGACAGUCACCAAAUGAUCGAAAAGGAAGUUCAGUUCAUCAAAAGAAACAAAUGACCAAAUCAAGAAUUAUUGUCAAGGAUCUCAGCCCAGUGUCUAGAGACAGCAAGAUCUCUCACACUGGAAUUGAUAAAGAAAAUUACCGAUCAUUUAAUGAGAGGACAUCAGCUACAGGGCUUACAAACGCUAAGAUGGAGAACUCAUUGCUUAUUAUCCCUAAAAUGAACAGUUCAGGAGCAAGACUCCCUUUGACAAGCAGGGUUUCCUUUAAGAAAUCAACUCAAACAAAUUACAAGCUAAUGCCUUCUAAAUACUGAAAACAAAGAAAGAUGCUCAAGAAAUUGUCAAGCAGCGUGAAGGCUAAAACUCAAGUAUUAUCAAGCCAUUUGAGAGAGAUUAAUAAAGAAAAAUUAGUGCCUAAAAAGGAGGAAAUAGUACUCCAAACAGCCCCAAGUCUAGAUUUCUCAGAUGAGUGUCCGGAAAUGGACUCAGAAUGUACUCCUGAAAACCCUGAAGAAAUGAUCAAAAUUUGUGAAAACUUCAAGUCACUUAGAACUAAUCCUUCACCUAUACCUAAUUAUCAGAAGACAACCUUUUCUAUUAGCAACAAGAGGACUCAGAAAAGAAACUUCAACUACUCCAAUUAUUAUAGCUCUUGCAGCAAGAACACAGAUCUCGCUCCAGUGCUGACUGUGUCAGCACUGGAGGAGACUGACUGUGGUAAUGACCAAGAUUUGUACUGGAGAAGGGAAUCUGAAGGAGACCAAUAGAAGAAACUUGGGGAAAUUAAGUUUUGUUAAGAAUUCA